AUGUCUGUCUUCAAUAGCUCUGCUUUAUAUCCUCGCUUCCUCCUGACCGGUUUCUCAGGCCUUGAGAGCAGAUAUGGCUUGAUUUCUCUCCCAAUCUUCUUGGUUUAUGCCAUUUCAAUUUCAGGGAACAUCACCAUCCUCUUUAUCAUCAGAACUGAGUCUUCCCUCCAUCAACCAAUGUACUAUUUUCUGUCGAUGCUGGCACUCACUGACCUGGGCCUUUCCACCACUACCUUGCCUACCAUGUUCAGUGUCUUCUGGUUCCACUCCCGGGAGAUUCCCUUCAAUGCCUGCCUGGUCCAGAUGUACUUCAUUCAUGUUUUCUCAAUCAUUGAGUCAGCUGUGCUGUUGGCCAUGGCCUUUGACCGCUUUGUAGCAAUCCGGGAACCUUUGCGCUAUGCAUCUAUUCUAACCAAUGGUGUAAUCAUUGGGAUGGGUUUGGCCAUUGCUGGAAGGGCCUUGGCUCUGGUCUUUCCAGCUUCAUUUCUCCUAAAGAGGCUUCAAUAUCGUGCUAUCAAUAUUCUCUCUUAUCCUUUCUGCCUACAUCAGGACCUCAUAAAGACAACUGUAUCCAGUCGUCGGGUGAGCAGCAUCUAUGGCCUCAUGGUGGUCAUCUUCUCCAUGGGGCUUGAUUCAGUACUUCUCCUCCUCUCCUAUCUCCUCAUCCUGGGCACAGUGUUGAGUAUAGCCUCCAAAGCGGAGAGAGUGAAAGCCCUCAAUACUUGUAUCUCCCACAUCUGUGCUGUACUCACCUUCUAUACACCGAUGAUUGGGCUAUCUAUGAUUCGUCGCUAUGGGCAGAAUGCUUCCCCAAUUGUCCAUGUGAUCAUGGCCAAUGUCUACUUACUGGUUCCACCUCUCAUGAACCCUAUAGUCUAUAGUGUCAAGACCAAGCAGAUUCGUGUUAGAAUCCUCAAGAAAUUCAAGAAACAUAUUUAG